GUUUAGCCUUACAUGCUGGAGGCAGAGCUUUACUCUUUAGUUUAUUUGCCUUUCGCUAGAUUCUCGGAAAGUUGGCGAAUAUUCUGGAAUUUAAACACUUGGCAGUGCCCGACGAUUUAUUUAUAAAGAACAAACGCAAGAAUAUUUUUAUUUUUUAUCGCCAAGAUGUCGAAUCCGAUUGUAGAAACAUCACAAGGAAAAUUACAAGGAUUAUUAAGUGAAAGUGAUAGUGGGACCAAGUUCUAUACAUUUAAAAGUAUACCAUAUGCUAAACCUCCAAUAAAUGAACUAAGAUUUUCUCCACCUUUACCUCCAGACUCUUGGGAAGGGGUCCGUGAUGCUACCAAAGAUUGCAACAUUUGUGCCCAGUUUGACAAAGAGACAAUGAAUGUGGUUGGGGAUGAAGAUUGUUUAUAUUUAAAUGUAUAUACUCCAAAACUUCCUACUGAUGGUGUGGCUCUACCUGUGAUGGUAUUUUUCCAUGGAGGUGGCUUUGUCUUUGGGAGUGGAACAGAUGACUCUAUUCAUGGAGCUGACUAUUUAGUUGAGAAAGAUGUGGUUGUUGUAUCUUUAAAUUACCGUUUAGGUAUAUUAGGAUUUCUAUGUUUGGGUACUAAAGAUGCUCCAGGAAACAUGGGUCUUAAGGAUCAAGUACAAGCUCUAAAAUGGAUAAAUCAAAACAUUAAAAGCUUUGGUGGAGAUCCAGGAAAUAUUACCAUUUUUGGUAUCAGUGCUGGUGGAGCAUCUGUUGAAUAUUUAAUGCUUUCACCUAUGGCGAAAGGCUUAUUUCAUAAAGCAAUAGCUCAGUCAGGAUCCUCCUUAUUGCACUGGGCGCAAACAACGAACCAAAAAGUAAAGGAUCUAGCCCAAAUGAUACCAAUUUUGAAGAAAAAAGUUAUAAAUAAUAGUAAAGAAUUAUUAGAGUACCUUAAAGGGAUGCCACUUAAUGAGUUGAUAAGUAAUUCUAUGAUUGUAUUGGCUUUAGAUAAAUGGAGAGGAGGUAUUCAUUUUGGUUUUGUCCCAACUAUUGAAGAAGACGGUGAUUGGGAGCCUUUUAUCACUAAGUCAACUUAUAAUUUAUUAGCUCAGGGUGAGUUUAAUAAAGUUCCUUAUAUAGCUGGCUUUUGUGACCGAGAAGGUCUUUUGAUGGUGUCUCAUGGCGGCCCUAUUUUAGAAAAAUUGACAGAGGAGAAAAACUUUUUAUCUCACCUUCCCUUUGAGAUUGAUGCAACACAAAAGGUUGAGAUGGAAACUAAACUAAAAUGCGUUUAUAUGGAGGGUGAAAAAAAUUACAAGGAUGCUGAUUCCUUUGCAAUUGAUUUCUUCUCAGAUGUAGAUUUUCUUGGUGGUGUUUAUGUUUCCACAAUGUUAAUUGCAAAACACAAUUCACCAGUUUACUUGUAUGAGUUUGCGUAUGAUGGAAGUUUGAAUUAUUUAAAAAAGAAAAUGAAGAUUGAUAGAGAAGGUGCAUGCCAUGGGGAUGAUGGUGGUUACCUUGUGAAGAGCAAAAUUCUAAAAGAUCCUUUAUCAGAAACAGAUUUAUUAGUGAAGGAGAGACUAUGUACUAUGUGGACUAAUUUUGCUAAAUUUGGGAAUCCUACACCGAAGACAGACAAGUCUCUACCUUGUAUAUGGGAGCCUAUAGCCGAAACUGGAUUGACAUAUUUAAAAAUUGAUAAAGAUUUGACAAACAAGCAAGAGUUAUACCCAAAACGUAUGAAACUUUUCAAAGAGCUGUAUGAAAGUUAUAAUAAAUCAUAGGUUACAUUAACAUCUUUAUAUAUUUAAAUCUUCUGUGCAUGUUUGUCAUGAAAAGCCUGCUAGAUUAAUUAUAUAAUUAUUACACAAAGAUACAACAAAAUUAAAUUAGGAAGUUAUUGUGUUUUAAACAUUUGUAACAUAAAACAGUGUUUAUAGAAUCUGUUCAUACCUUUAGGUAUAAAAUAAUCUGUAUGUGAUUAAAUGUGAUUGUAUCUAAUAAAUAUUGGUUCCUAAAUUUUAUGAAAUUGGAAUUUCACUAAAGGACUCAAAUUAUAUCUAUUAUAAUAUUACAAUUGAAUUUAGCAUUUUUGUAUAUGUCGCAGACAACUAGCUUAAUUAGCCGAUUCAUCAACAGCCUAGCUACCUAACUAAGCAGUGACAUUUAAUUAGCGGUCUGAAAGAUAAUCAGCCAGUUAAUCUAACACCUACGCAAAUUACUUGCAUUGAUAAUGUUUCAUUACUUGCUUAAUUUAAUUUUCGUUUCACUUUCUGCCACUCUGUACACGUGUAGUGACAAUGAUAAUGUGAAUUUAGCUGUGAUUGACUCAAGCAAUUAAUUGAUGAAAGAAAUAUUGUUAAUGUCAGAUGUUUAAUCUCUUUGAAUGGCAGUUCCAGUCCAGCCAGUUUAUUAAAUGUUGUUAACAAACGCUAGGGCUGAAUAUCUGAUCUAUCUGUUGUCUGUUAUAUGUACUUGCUGUUUUUAAUUUAACCUUAGAAAACACCAUUAUAUUCAUCAUAGUAGAAAUAAAGAAACAUCAUAGAUCCAAGUCAUUUGUCUAGCUGUUUGAUCAACUGGCUGAACAUGAUUCAGGCUGUUAGUUGAACAGCGCUGUUUAGUUAAAAAGCUAGGCUGGUUAUUGAACCGCUUAUUAAGCUUGUUGGCUGUGACAAAAUAAUAAGCAGGCACAAAGUGUUUUUAGGAUACUAAAUUUUAUAUGUAUGUGUUCAUAAAUAAAGGUUGCUAUAGCAUCCUAAUUUGAAUGAUAAAAUAAUUAUUCAAAUUACUCAAUAUAUUGUAUUUUGUGGUAAUUAUUUUCUUAAUAAAAAUUUAAGAAAU